AUGCUACAUAGUCCAAGUCAAUCUGGACGACUAGCUAAAUGGGCUAUCGAGCUCAGCGAAUACGACAUCGAAUAUCGAACUAGAACCUGUGCUAAAGCCCAGGUACUAGCUGAUUUCAUGAUCGAGCUGGCACCGGAAGCCAAUAACGAUACCACCCUCUCUAAAGUUUGGACACUCUUCGUAGAUGGAGCCUCGUCCAAACAAGGAGCUGGCGUCGGAAUCAAACUCACAUCUCCAACCGGAGAAGUGAUCGAACAAUCGUUCAGACUCGGAUUCGUCGCCUCUAACAAUGAGGCCGAAUACGAGGCACUCAUAGCCGGACUCCGACUCGCAAUCGGGAUCGGCGUGAAUGAGAUCAACGCAUUCAGCGACUCCCAGCUCGUUACUAGCCAAUACAGCGGCGAGGUGCCUAGGGGAGAGAACACUUCGGCUGACGCCUUAGCUGCUCUCGCCUCCACUUCGGACCCAACUGUAAGACGUGUGAUCCCAGUCGAAGGCAUAGAUAAACCUAGCAUCGACAUCGCACUCAAGUCUGACAGUAUAAACGCAAUUACCUCGCGCCCGUCUACUCGUUCUCAAACUAGACAGUCCCAAGAUCCGGGACCAUCUAACCCGGAACCUGAUUCCGAGGAAGAAGAACCUGACCAAGAUAGGCAAAAAACAAGGUAUAUCGAUUCGGACUCUUCGCAAAAUACGCAAGAGUCCACGAUCCAUACCGUCCCAUCUGCUAUGGCGAACGAACUCACCUUAAAGGAAGAGUUCGCUGCGAGACCCGACUGGAGAACCCCUAUAAUCGAGUAUAUCCAGCUCGGAGCCGUCCCUAACGAAAAAUGGGCAUCUCGCAAGCUAAAAGCCCAAAGCGCACAUUAUUGCAUGAUGGAAGAUAAGCUCUACAAGCGAAGCCUUAUCGAACCAUAUCUAACAUGCAUCCAUGGCGAAGAAGCUUACACCGUAAUGCACGAGACUCAUCAAGGACCUUGCGGAAGUCAUUCCGCAGGCCGAGCUCUCGUCAUACGGAUUAAAAAGCUAGGCUACUUCUGGCCGACGAUGAUAGAGACUGCGAACAGUACUCCAGGCGAUGACCUAUGGUCUCUUCGGGACCGAAAGCAAUUCCAAUACCUAUUAGUCCUUACUGACUACUUCACUAAAUGGAUCGAGGCCAAACCAUACCAACAAACGACCGAACUCGAGGUCCGGAAAUUUAUCUGGAAAGACAUCAUUUGUCGACACGGGCUCCCUUUCGAGAUCGUGACAGAUAACGGAUCUCAGUUCAUAGCUCGAACAUUCAAAGACUUCUGCAAGAAGUGGAACAUACGCAUAACGUAUUCCACACCUCGUUACCCUCAAGGGAACGGGCAAGCUGAAGCAACAAACAAAACCCUCUUGAGUAACCUCAAGAAACGACUCGACGCCCGUAAACAUAGGUGGUCCGAAGAGCUCGCAGCAGUUCUUUGGGCUUGCCGAACUACACCUCACAAAGCUACUCAUGAGACCCCGUUCUCAUUAGCUUACGGGCUAGAGGCCGUCAUCCCAACUGAAACUUCCGUUCCAAGUCUUCGCAGGAUGCAAUGUCCAGCGAACGUCGAGCUGAACGAAGAAAUGUUGAGAGAUCACCUUGACCUUAUCGACGAACGUCGAGAUCAAGCUCUGAUCCGGAUACAAAACUAUCAACAGGCCGCAGCUCGCUAUUACAACUCCAAGGUUAAACACCGGAGCUUUCAUAUAGGCGACAUGGUUCUGAGAAAAGUACAAGACUAUACCAAAGAGCGGUGCAGGGAAACUUGGGACCAACUGGGAAGGUCCCUACCUCAUUACCGAAGUAGUUCGCGAUGGCGUCUACAAGCUCACAAAAGUCAGAAACGGAAUACCUGA